AUGUCGCUGUGCAGAGAUCCGAAGUUCCAAGAUCUUAAAAGUUUUGUGGAAGUCAAUGAAAAAGAUCGACUUAGCAUUUACGAGCAACUUCUCAAUGAUCCAGAGCGUUUCAAUAAAUACACUCGUACUAUUGACACUCCUGAUGGGACUGUAUUGUUUGACUUUUCCAAACAUCGAAUAUCCGACACCACAUUCGAAAAGUUGAUGGAGCUGGUGAGACCUGUUUACCACGUUUGUCGAUGUAACGAAUGUGGGAAAUUAUUCCCUUUUCAACAUUAG